AUGUCAACCGCCUCGACAUCAAGCUCUUCAAAGAAGCACAAAGUGGUGAUUGUCGGCUCUGGAAAUUGGGGCUCUGCUAUCGCUCGUAUUGCCGGUCAGAACACACAACGACACUCGGACACGUUUCAACGCGAAGUGCAGAUGUACGUGUUCGAAGAAGAUUACAACGGCAAACCUCUCUCGCAGGUCAUCAACGAGACACACGAGAAUCCCAAGUACCUGCCCGGAUGCAAGCUUCCGGAUAACGUCAUUGCCAACCCAAACCCUGUCGAUGCGGUCAAGGAUGCGACGCUGUUGGUGUUCGUUUUACCGCAUCAGUUUAUCCGAUCGGUGUGCAAGCAGUUGAAGGGCCAUGUGAACCCAGAUGCACACGCGAUCUCGAUGAUCAAGGGUGUCGAAGUCAAGGAUGGCAAGAUCUCAAUCUUUGCUGAUGUGAUCCAAGAAGCGCUCGGGGUGUCGUGCUCCGCUUUAUCUGGAGCUAACAUCGCGAACGAGGUGGCGCAGGACAAGUUCUCAGAAACCACAAUCGGUCAUCGACCCGAUGCAAAAGGUCGAGAAAACGCCGAGCUGUUCUUCAAGCUAUUCGACACGCCUACCUUCAAAGUAGGGAUCAUCGAGGAUGUGGCGGGAGUAAGUCUGUGUGGGGCGUUGAAGAAUGUCGUUGCGAUCGCCGCAGGUUUCACGGAUGGAUUGGGUUGGGGAGACAAUGCCAAAGCGGCGGUGAUGCGCAUCGGUCUGAUGGAGAUGAAGCGCUUCAGCGAGGAGUUCUUCGAGGGAAUCAAACCCGAGACCUUCACAGAAACGAGUGCGGGCGUCGCUGAUCUCAUCACCACCUGCCUCGGCGGAAGGAAUCGAAAGUGCGCCGAGGCGUUCGUCAAGACCGGCAAACCAUUCGAUCAGCUCGAAAAAGAGUUGCUCAAUGGUCAAAAGUUGCAAGGAACAGAGACCGCAAGGGAGGUACACGAAUUGUUGGCGGCCCGAGGCAAGGUCGACGACUAUCCGUUGUUCAAGGCUGUCUAUUCGAUCGCAUACGAGGGCAUUGACGCUCACGAUUUGACGAGUCGUCUGUAG